UCAUCUUUAGACGUACAUGUACAUGGACAACAAAUAUUAUUCAGGAUGGCAUUAGAUUUAUCAAACGGAACUAAUACAAGUUUGAGUGAUAUAGAAUACGAAAGAUUUCUGAACCACGGGAUUCCAGCUACAAUAUGCCUUAGUUUCUUAUGUAUCAUAGGAACAGGUGGAAAUAUACACAUGAUAUUAAUAUUCAAGAUAUCGCCGGUCAUGGCAAAAUAUUCAAUUCGAGUUUUCAUCAUUUGGCUUUCUUUAACUGAUCUUAUAGCGUGUUUGUUUUGUAUGCCAUUAGAGAUAUAUAAUAUUCGAUAUAGCUAUUCCACAUCUACAAGCGGUUGCAAAUUCUUCAUAUUUCUUUUUCACGUGGUAGCCUUGGCCUCAAGUGGAUUUUGGACUACGAUUGCUGUUGAAAGAUAUAGAAUUAUUGUUAAAAAAGAACCAAUACUGUUCUUAAACUCUCAGAGGUCGAAUAAUGUCAUAUCUGUUUUCCUGGUAGGAGUAUCUAUGGCAUUGUCAAUCCCAGUCGUAAUAUUUUUCGGUCCAAACGAAAUUAAAACAGUGACCCCUGAUGUCCCCGGAAAGGAUUGUACAGUUUUAACCCAGUAUCUUAAUGUACAUAAUGCAGGAAUUUAUUACAUCAUAAUCCUUAGUACUCUUUGUUCAGUUUUCGCCGUAGUGUGUAUCGUGUCAUACGCACGAAUACUGUGGGACAUUUGUAGUGGGAUAAAAACUCGGAAAUCAUUAAGAGGAAAGUCAAAUUCGUCUUUCAAUUCCGCUACGCACAUUAGAUUUAGGAACGAUAAUGUUGACUCAUCUAUUCAAAAUGAGGAGAUACAUACAAUUCACGUACCAGCCGACAUAGGUUACAGGACGAACGCAUCGCAUAAUCUUAAAAACGCACUUCGACUUACAGUAGGUCUCAUAAUAGCAACCACAGUUUCGUAUAUAGCAUACAUGUUGUUUGUUUGCAUGAUGAUGGUCAAAAUGCUGAAUCCUACGUUAUAUAAAACCACUGUCCAACCGGUAACAGCCGUUCUUCUGCGUGGAUAUUUUGGUAGCAAUACGUCCAAUGCUUUUGUAUUUUGUCUUUUUGAUAAAACUUUUCGACAAGAAUGUUUGAAAUUAUAUCGGAAAAUAUGUUCUUAAAAGAUUUUC